UGUAUCUUCGGCGAGAAGCUACUGUAGUUAGCAAGCCAAAUGUUUAUAUAUGGUUUAAUGUUGUAGCUCAAUUAUACUUGAUUGUAUUUUCUCCAUAUUGGAAAGCUAACUGGACCAGUACGUCUAUCUAGCUGCUUGCAGCGUUGAGUUGGCAUUAUGAACAUCCUUCCCAAGAAGAGCUGGCAUGUCCGUAACAAGGACAACAUCGAGCGCGUGCGGAAGGACGAGGCCCAGGCUGCAGAAGAGGAGCUCGAGGCCAAACGUCGCGUGGAGCGCGCUGAGCGAGAGGCACGCACAGAGUUUCUGAGGAAUAAAUCCCGAGCUGCUCUCCAACUGGAACAUGGAGGGAAGACUGAGGAACUGAGUGGUCCAGGAAGGAAAGAUGAGGAAACGAGUGGACGAGGAAUUAAGGUUGAGGAAACGAGUGGACCAAGUGGAAUCCUGGAACAUCUCAACUUGUUCCCCCUGGAAGAUUCUUCUGAGAAGAAGGGGAAUGAGGAGUAUCUCAAAGAUAAGAAAGAUGAGAAGGAGAAACAGGAGCGAGCCAUCGGGCUCCUGGUGUCCCUGGGACCUCAGCCUGGCACUGAGGUAACCCCGUGGUACAUGAAGACCGAGAAGGAGAAGGAGGAGGAGAAGGAGAAACGGAAGAAAAAUCCAAAAGAGUCCGAGAAGGGGAUGAGGAAAGGAGCCACGGAGGAGGAGAAGGAGAAGCGUGACCGUAGGCUGAAGGACAUGCUGGACCCCAUGAAGGACAUGAGGAAAGCCCUGGCUAUUAAGGACCGCAAGGAGCCCAAGAGCAAGAGGAGGGAGAAGAGGCCCAGAGCAGAGAUGAGCAGUGGACCCAGCUCCAUGGAGAAGCUGCGUGCGGAGCGGCUCCAGAGGGAGGGGGAGGAGCGGCGGCGGGCCCAGGCCCUGAUCGACCAGAGGAACGGCAAGGUGGCGGACAGGGAGCCGGGCAGGGGGCCAGCGGCCGAGGAGCGCGAGAGGCCCUACAACAGCGCCUACUUCCCGGAGCUGGCUCGCAAACGCCAACGCAAGGACCGGGACAGCUGGCGAGACGAGAUCCUGAAGUCGUGAAGUGAUGUCCAGCUAUAGAAGGACUAUAAGGGCCGUCAGAGUGCCGAUUGGCAGCCGAUGAACUGGAAUGUGUGCUGUGUACUGGGAUGUGUGCUGGGAAUGAAAGGUCCGAUACAAAACUGGAUGUUAUUCAGGGUUGAAUAAUAUGUCAAUCAACUUCAAAGUCAGACUGUUCUUACCAUAUAUAGAGAUGCAUUUUCUAUGGAAAUAUACAUCCUAUUUUGAAAGUGUCCAUUUUUGUGAUGUAUUUUUUUUCAGGAUUCUUAUUUCUGAUUUAACUCAAAGAAACCUUAUCAGAA